AUGCUCUUCGAAUCUCUCCCAAAUGAAUUGCUAAUUCUAUGCUUCAAAUAUCUCAACGCACCGGAUGUUUUCUACUCACUUGAUCACUUGAACCAUCGUUUCGAUAGUCUUAUUCGAACUAUGUCAUUGUGGUUAAAUUUUGAAAAUGUCAAAAGCAAAUUCUUAUGUGAUCAAUUUAGUAUGAAAAUGUCGAUGGAAGAAUCGAUUCGACGACAAAUUCGUUCGUUACGUUUAUCCAAUAAGGAAACAUGUUAUCCAAUUCAUUUUUUUCUUUCGAAAUUUCCAAUUGUGGAAUUCUCUCAGCUCCGUCGUCUGACUUUGGUUCGAAUCACAGCAGGAAACUGGGAAUUUCUUCAACCAAUCUUACCACAAUUAUCUACAUUAUCUUCUUUUCAAGUAUUCGAUUGUGAUUUAUACCGUGUGAACUUCACAUCUGUCUUACCAAUGUCGCAAUUACAAACUCUAGUUAUACCACAAUCAUUCAAAGAGUCCUUUUCUACUAAUCAAUUAGCACGAAUGAUCCAUCUGACCAUCAAGGAAUGUACGUUAAAUGUGUUACUCAAUCUAUUAAAAGAUGCACCAAAUCUGAGUUAUUUAAAGAUAAGACGUGUUAGUAGGAGCACGCCUAUAGAGCCCGUUUACUGUACAAGUAAACUGAAGUCAUUAAUUAUAAAUUCGUUUUACGGUGAUGCCAAUCAUCUUUGGACGCUUUUUCAACAAACACCAAAUUUAGAAGAAUUAAUAAUAAAAACUUCGGAUAAUCCGACUUUCCUCGAUGCUGAUCUAUGGGAAUCUUUCAUAAUUGAUCUAUUACCAUAUUUAACAAUUUUCAAGUUUAAAUUCGAGGCUUUCGGCUUAACAUCGAUCAGCGAAGAUAUGUUCACGCGUUUUCAAAAUGAUUUUUGGUGUGUACAACAUGCUUGGUUGACAGAAUACAUGUUAGACAACAAUUCAGGAUUAGUUUAUACAAUUCCAUAUCCAUCGGAGGAAUAUAGUAUAGAUAUAACGAAUGGACAUCGUCGUGUGAAUGGAUCAAUCCAUACAUUCGAUGAUGUGAAAAAAUUAGAUUUUCAACCGCCCUAUUGUGAAAAAAAUAAUGGAUAUUAUUUUGCGAAUGUCGAUUCGUUAGAAAUUAGCGAUCCGUACCUAGCAAGCAGGUGUUUUAUUCUAGUAGAUUAUCCAGAUUUAGAACGUCUUGAAAUGUUAGUCAAGUUCUCGAAUAUCAAGCAUCUCACUGUAUCUCAUGAAAUACAAUUUAAAACGUCAAAUAUAUUGAAAGAAAUAUUCGAAUUUGCAACACAGUUGUCAUCGUUGGAAAUUUCAUUGGAAUAUUUGAUGAGUCUAUGCGAAAAUGAUGAAUUAUGUCAAUAUUUCAGCAAAUAUAUUCAAAAAUUGAAUAUCAAUGUUCAUUCAUUUCGGAAUUCAAAUCAACGAAAGCAGUUUUGUAAAAUAUUUGUUAACCUCGAACAACUUCAAUAUUGUAUGGAGAAAUCCAACAUUUACUUUUUAAUCAAGCAUUUGCCCAAAUUAACAUAUUUAAAUAUUUUCAAUAAUUCGUGCAAUGAGUCGAUUCGAGANAAUCUGAGCUAUUUAAAGAUAGGACGUGUUUGUAGGAGCACACCUAUAGAGCCAGUUUGCUGUACAAGUAAACUGAAGUCAUUAAUUAUAAAUUUGUUUUACGGUAAUGCCAAUAAUCUUUGGACGCUUUUCCAACAAACACCAAAUUUAGAAGAAUUAAUAAUAGAAACUUCGGAUGAUCCGACUUUCCUCGAUGCUGAUGUAUGGGAAUCUUGCAUAAUUGAUCUAUUACCACAUUUAACAAUUUUCAAGUUUAAAUUCGAGGCUUCCGGCUUAACAUCGAUCAGCGAAGAUAUGUUCAUGCGUUUUCAAAACGAUUUUUGGUGUGUACAACAUGCCUGGUUGACAGAAUACAUGUUAGACAACAGGUCAGGAUUGGUUUAUACAAUUCCAUAUCCAUCGGAGGAAUAUAGUAUAGAUAUAACGAAUGGACAUCGUCGUGUGAAUGGAUCAAUCCACACAUUCGAUGGUGUGAAAAAAUUAGAUUUUCAACCGUCCUAUUGCGAAAAAAAUAAUGGAUAUUAUUUUGCGAAUGUCGAUUCGUUAGAAAUUAGCGAUCCGUACCUACCAGGCACGUGUUUUAUUCUAGUAGAUUAUCCGGAUUUAGGGCGUCUUCAAAUGUUAGUCAAGUUCUCGAAUAUCAAGCAUCUCACUGUAUCUGAUGAAAUACAAUUUAAAACCUCAAAUAUAUUGAAAGAAAUAUUUGAAUCUGCAACACAGUUGUCAUCGUUGAAAAUUUCAUUGGGAUACUUGAUAAGUCUAUGCGACAAUGAUGAAUUAUGUCAAUAUUUUAGUAAAUUUAUUCGAAAACUGAACCUUAAUAGUGGUUCAUUUCGAAAUUCAAAUCAACUAAAGCAGUUUUGUAAAAUAUUUGUUAACCUCGAACAACUUGAAUAUUGUAUGGAGAAAUCCAACAUUUACUUUUUAAUCAAGCAUUUGCCCAAAUUAACAUAUUUAAAUAUUUUCAAUAAGUCGUGCAAUGAGUCGAUUCGAGAAGAUUUAGAACAAAUGUCCGAUUUCGAUAUCAUUACUGACUUCGAUGUACAUGAUAAACACCAUGGUUUCUCAAUUUGGAUCAAUCGAAACACGAACAUGACUUAG